AUGGCCUCCAACACGACUGAUUUCUCCAAACCUGGACCAUUCGUCACUAUGAAUACACGCGAGGCCAGUCCAGAAUCUCUGGUCGAGCCCCAGGAGAUCGAAUAUCUCUAUCUCGAGUUGGAAACGCCGUUGCCGACGCCAUGCAUCACUCUACCCCCUCGGCCCGGCCAGUCGGCCCCGCCUGAGGCUCCUAGCUUGGAAAAGUAUACUUCGCCAUUCCUUUGGCCUAAAUGGCGCAAGUCGAUGAUGACUUGGAUUUCGUGUGGUGUUACUGCCUUGGCGGGUUAUUCGGCUGGUGAAGUCAGCCCUGCUUCGGAAGAGUUGUGUAAAGAAUGGGGCAUUAGUUCUGUUGUGUAUAACUUGAGCAUCACAGUGUUCUGUUUUGGCUUCGCCCUGGCACCAAUGAUUCUGGCACCAUUCUCCGAAAUUAAUGGACGCAGACCUAUUUUCGUCGCAAGUGGUAUUCUGUUUGUCGCUAUGCUUAUUGCUUGCGGUGGAACACACUCGUUCGCAGGACUAUUAGUCGCCCGGUUUUUCCAGGGCGUUGGAGGCUCUACCUUCUCUACCAUGGUCGGCGGUGUCAUUAGUGACAUUUAUCACACCCAAGACCGAAACACCCCAAUGGCUCUUUUCUCAGGCUCUGCGCUUUUUGGCACCGGUCUGGCACCUAUGAUCGCUGGUGCAAUUGUCACUCGCACUUCCUGGAGAUGGGUCUACUACUCCCAUGCAAUUGUCUCGGCGGUCUUCGUCGUUAUCAUCUUUGUGUUCUUCAAGGAGACCCGUGGAAGUGUUCUGCUAAGCCGAAAGGCUCAAAAAUUGAACACCUACUAUGAAAAUCUCGAGGAGGCUGGCCAUUUUGGUGUGAUCAUGUCGAGCGAGGACCCUUCCGACGAAAAGUGUGUUCGUCGUAUUCGGUGGAAGGUUAAGAGCGACGAGCAGCGGGCGUCGCUGGCCAAGAUGAUCCAGGUCUCGCUGUAUCGGCCUUUCCAUAUGCUGGUCACCGAACCUGUCGUCUUUUUCUUCUCUCUCUGGGUUUCUUUCAGCUGGGCCACCCUCUACCUGCAGUUUAGCUCCGUCCCACUCGUCUUCCGCACCAACCACCACUUCAACGUUGAGCAAACGGGUGCUGUAUUCACUUCCAUGUGCGUCGGUGUCAUCCUCAUCACCCUGAUUAGUAUCUGGCAAGAAAAGAUCGCCGCACGAUUCGGAUGGCUCAACUCAUCCGCUGAAGGGCGUCUGUACUUCGUCUGCAUCGAGUCUAUCCUCCUUCCUAUCGGACUUUUCUGGUUUGGUUGGACUUCUUUCCCCUCUAUACCCUGGAUUGUACCCGCCAUGGCUGUUGGAUGCGCGACGAUGGGCAUCUUUUCGAUUUACCUGGCUACUUUCAACUAUCUGGCCGAUACGUACCACCGCUAUGCCAGCUCUGCAAUCGCAGCUCAGUCAUGUUGCCGUAAUCUCCUCGGUGGCAUUUUCCCGCUGGUGACUACCGCCAUGUUUACCAAUCUGGGUUACCCUGGGGCAUCCAGUCUUCUGGGUGGAAUUGGUGCCCUGCUCACCCUUGUCCCAUGGGUUCUGGCCUUUUACGGCCCCAAGAUUCGUGCAAAGAGCAAGAUGGCUAGUGAGCUUGCGCAUUGA